AUGGAUUCAAAAACCGAGAACCUGCUCAAAAAGCUGGAGUGCAAAGAAUGUGGCAACUAUAUGUGUCCGCCGAUCAGGAUGUGCAUAAACCGUCACAGUUACUGCGACCUGUGCUUCAAAAAAGUGACCAGGUGUCCAGAAUGUCGUGGCCAGAAAUCGACGCUCCGAAAUCACACGUUCGAAAACAUCGUCCAUCAGAUGCUGUUCCCGUGCAAGUACGUGGACAAGGGCUGCGGAUUUCUCGGCAACUGGAACGAAAUUGCGUCGCACAAAGACUGCGAUUACGGCGCGAAGCCGUGUCCGUUCGCCAUCGUGUCGGCCAUGCCUUGCAAUUGGAAGGGUAACAGGCUGGAGUUGAAGGGUCACAUGGAGGUUUGCCAGUUUUCUCGGUAUUGCAGCGAUGCAGUUCCCUAUAGGAGUUUGACGAGGAACUCGCGACAGUGCUACGGUCGUAGGUUGAUUAUGGUGUACGAUCAGUUCUUCGUGGUGUGUUGGUGUAAAACUGGAGACUUUCUGAAGUUUUUCGUCUACACCAUGUUCGGCAAUGUGUGUGCGCCGUACAGAUUCGACAUCGCUUUCCACAACAACGACAAAGUACUUUUCAGUUUUUCCAGUGUAUGCAAGAAAUUUGACAAUUACCAUAAGAAAUCUGUUGACGACAAGCACUGCAUUUUGAUGCCUGCUAAUAUGAUGGAUAUGCGGUCGGCGAGCAAAAUUGUUGAAGUCAGUGUUGACAUCACCAAACUGUGA